AUGCCAAGUAGUGGUAGUAUGUCAAGUAGUGAUGAUGAAGUGUUCUGCAAAGAAACUUCAUUGCAAAGUCCACCCAGUGCAGGCAGUACACAACACAGUGUACGCCGUACGUCCCCACCGCAUGCAUCGCAUGCAUCGCAUGCAUCACGUCAAAUUCCAAGACAGAUCAAUCAACUUUCAGCUUCGGGCCUUCAGGCAAUAGCCAUAGCGCAACCUAGGAAAAUACUACCGCGCAUACUGCGACCAACACAGACACUACUGCACGUGCUGCAACCAACACAGACACUACUGCACGUGCUACGACCAGCACAGGCACUACUGCACAUACUGCGACUAGCACAGACACUACUGCACGUGCUGCGACCAACACAGACACUACUGCAUGAGCUGCAACCAGCACAGACACUACUGCACAUGCUGCGACCAACACAGACACUACUGCACGUGCUGCGACCAACACAGACACUACUGUACAUACUGCGACCAACACAGACACUAAUGUAUGUGGUGCAACCAGCACAGACACCACUGCACGUUCUGCGACCAACACAGACACUACUGUAUGUGGUGCAACCAGCACAGACACUACUGCACGUACUGCGUCCAACAAAGACACUACUGUACAUACUGCAACUGACACAAACACUACUGCACGUGCUGCGACCAGCACAGACACUACUGCACGUGCUGCGACCAGCACAGACACUACUGCACGUGCUGCGACCAGUGUACGUACUAGCAUAGACAGUAAUGCGA